CGUAAACGACGAAGAUCUUCCUCCUAGUCCCCUUCCUUUGGACUCAACUUGCCCUACCUACGAACUUUCUAGAGAGACAGAGAGAUUCGCCGGCCUCAUAACCUGCGAAAGUUGGUUCGAUCGGCGUCUGGAUUCCUGGUGGGAGACCGGCCCAAUCCUCGAUUCGUCUAACCAAUUGAUUCAUGGUAUGAACGAUCUUCGUGUGGACUGAGAAGGGGUAGAAUUCCCCGAUCUAGAUAGGGAUUUUCCGUUCUCAAUCGGUUAUAAUAGUGCCUGGAUAAGAUGGAUGCAGAUGAAGAUGCGAGGCACGUGGUAGAGGACGAGGAUGAUGACGAUCCAGGGAGUGGCGAAGUUGAAGGCGAAGAUAGGCCGCACAGGGCGAGCAAUGGGGUCAAAGCUGGGAAUGAUGGGGUGGUUGAUGUGGACGAGGAAGAGAGUGAUGCUGAAGAGGAGGUGGCGGAGACCUCUAGAGGUGUUAAUGGAUUGAAACCGCGUAUGCAGUCCAAUGGAUUUAGAAUGGCCUUAGCAGGAGACGAUGAAAGCGAGGAAGAUGGUGUUUCAGAUGAUGAAGUAGAUGGUGAUGAUGAUGAUGAUGAUGAUUCCCCGUCUGAGGUUUAUGAGACUGAUGAUAGCAACGAGGAUGGGGUAGACGAUGGAGGCGAUGGUGAAGUGGGCGGGGAGGAAGUGGAUGAUGAUCGGGAGCCCGGAAGUUCUGGGAGGUCAAUUGAAAUUGAUGCACAUGAGGAGGGGGAAGAUGAUGAUGGUGUCAAUGUCGAUGGAGAUUCUGGCGCAGAAGAGCAGCAAGCGGAGGACAAUUCUGAAGAUGAGGAAGGGGAAGACACAGAUGCAGAAGACGAAGCAGGUGAACGUGUGGGGCAGGUGGAGGUUGCUGAUGGGGAAGAGAGUGAUAUGGAGGAGGAAGAGGAGGGAGGUGGAGGAAGAGGAGGAAACAGGGAGCAUGAUGAGUUAGAUGGAGGCGGCGGAAGCGGCGGAGUUGAGGACGACGAAGAUGGUGACGGUGAAGUGCAAGAGGCGGCUCAUCCAUCCCACCACCCAACAGCAGUUCAGAAGAGGGGUAGAGAUGAUGCUGUUUCUGAUGACCAUUACCAUUCCAAGUCUUCAUCUUCAUCAAAGAAGCACCAUCACUAGCUAGAAAUGGAGGUUUGACUAUUAAUUAAACACAGUGGGUGGCUUUGACUUUGUAGGAGGAGAGCUUUUAGAGUACUAUAUAGGCAGCCCCUUUUUUGCCAGUCUUUUUGUGGAUCUACUUGCUUCAUUAUACUCUUCACUGUCUCUCUCUCCCCCCCUACAGUUUUGUUAGUUGCAAGCUUCUUUCUCCGCAGGAAAUCUAAGAAACACGUGACAUGUUUCCUAAGUGAAUGUUGUCUUAUGUAGCUGUGUUCCCAUGCUUCUUAGUGA